AUGGAUCCAGCUUUAGCUCUUGAGGUUGCAGCGUUGUCGAAGCAGCGUGCAAUUAUCGACGCCAUCGAAAAAGGGGGCUCCGGAGUGCAGCAAUUCUACAAUGGCGCGGUGGUGUUCGUGACUGGCGGCUCCGGGUUUUUAGGGAAACAGCUUAUUGAAAAAUUACUUAGAUCAUGCGACGUGAAGAAAAUCUUUGUCCUCCUACGGGAAAAGAAAGGGAAAACUAUGGAGGCACGUCUAGAGGAAUUCCUAGAAGAUCCGGUAUUCGAAUUACUCUGUAAAAAGAAGCCGUCUUUCUCCAACAAGCUGCAUGCCAUAGCUGGAGACAUUAUGGAGUUGAAACUUGGCAUAUCUGAAGACGAUUGGUCCAUUAUCACUAAAGAGAUAAACGUGAUUCUGCACAUAGCAGCUACAACAAGGUUCGAUGAGAGCCUGAAGGUGGCUACUAUCACAAACGUACGAGGAACCAGAGAGGCUUUGAACCUUGGGAAGAGUUGCCAGAACCUUAAAUCGUUCGUUCACGUGUCAACAGCAUACUCUCAUGCGACUGUUAGUCGCGUCAGACGCGAAGUCGCAGACGACUUUUAUGACGUCCCUGUGCCGCCAAAUGUUUUGAUCGAGAUGGUUGAACACAUCGAUGAGGGCAGACUGAAUGAUGCUACUAACAAGUUCAUCGGAGACUGGCCGAAUACCUACUGUUUCACAAAAGCCGUGGCUGAAGAGGCAGUGAGGACCAUGAGCGACGGGUUACCCGUCUGCAUUGUUAGACCUGCUAUAGUCGUCGGGGCAUAUCGAGAGCCUUCGCCUGGUUGGAUUGACAUGAGCUGCGCGUACGGCCCUAGUGGGCUGAUUCUAGGCGUUGGCUUGGGCUUACUGCACACAAACUUUGCUGAUCCGAAGAUUCAGGUGGAUCUGGUGCCAGCGGACCUGGUGAACAACGCUAUUCUCGUAGCUGCGCAUCAAACGGCGCACGCUAAUGGAGAAAAGAAGAUUUACACUGUUUGUAGUGCUAGGAACAGUAUUACUUGGGGUGCAAUCGGCGAUAUCUACCGUAAUGAAGCCCGCAGUCUUUCCUCUCCAAAAGCAGUAUGGUACUGCUACGGCAUAGACGUACCUAACAAAUGGUUGUUCACUAUAAUGUUCUGGCUGUUGCAUUACAUACCAGCUUAUGUGAUUGACGGGGUCUGUUUAUGCAUUGGUCAGAAUCGCAGAUUCGUAAAACUCUACACAAAAGCGUACAAGAUGUUUGAUUUUUUCUCAUAUUUUACAACACACGAAUGGCGUUUCAAGGAUGGGAACACACAAGAGAUGAUUCAAAGAUCAUCAGAGAGUGAUCGCGCUAUAUUUAACUGCGAUAUAACCAGUUUACACUGGAAAGAAUAUAUUUUGAUAUGGUCAAUGGGCUUGCGAAAGUAUAUCGUAAAGGACGGUUUAACAGGUACAGACUACGCUGUGAAGAAACAACAUUUCUUCUUCGUUUUAAAUUUGAUAGUUACAGCGUUAUAUGCAUAUUUCUGGUGGAGUUUAUUUUCUUUUAUUAACUCCGCUGUUAGAUAUGUCCUUUAA